AUGAAUCCCGAUCUCCGGUCAGCUUGGUUCUCUUCGCAUUACGAGGAAGUAACUGGCCAUAGCACGCGCAAAAUAGCACUUGAAAUGCUGCGAAUGUCAGAUCGGCCGAUUACCCGAUCGUCUUUUAUUCUCGAUAACGCCUGCGGUCCUGGAAUAUUGGCAAGUGUUGUUCCAUGUUUGUCUUCAAACAAGCGGCGGUAUAUCUGUGUUACAAGUGUCAUCAAGGAGCAACACCCAUAUGCCGAGAUCGUGGCCACGGACGAAAGCCCAUACAUGAUCCAGAGUCUCGAAGCACGAAAGUUCGCCAAUGGCUGGACUGACGUCGAGACCAGUAUCACGGACGUUCAUUCCCUUUACGGAUUCAAAGACAACACGUUCUCGCACGUCUUUACCAGUCUUGCUCUGAGCCCGGUCGCAGAACAGGCUAACAUAGCCAUCAAAGAGGUCUUGCGAGUACUGAAGCCGGGAGGGGUAGCUUUUUUCUCAACCUGGGGAGAUUAUCGAGUGCAGGCAGCGUUUUACGACGCAAGCCUCAUUGUUCGACCCACAGAGGAACCCAAUGUUUCGUUUUCUCUUCUGACCGAAUGGACACAAGAAGCAUGGCUAACGACACAGCUCGAGAUCGGCGGUUUCGAGAAAGAUUCGAUUAUAGUCAACUAUUGUACGACUUCCUGGGCCGCACCGACUGCUAACAAGCUGAUCGACAACAUGAUGAUUUACAAGCGCGAGCAGCAACCGGCGUUCUUUGCAGGAUACAGCAAAGAGGAAGCAAAUAAGUUCAACUACUGGUAA